UCGUGUUUCCGCCCACAAACAGACCGAACAAACCGCGAAAUUUUGAAAAUAACUAACGGGCGAACGAGCGAGUUUAACUGUUUUAUUAAAUAUUUCAUCACACGCCUUUGAACAUGGCACCUAUCACAGAUGGCAACAUUGUUUCCAUUUUUGCCAAGGAAAGGACAGAAGCGCACAAUAGAGCGCUGAAAGCCAUCGCUGAGCUCACGGACAUUUCUGCCGAGUUGAGUUACUUUCAUCGGCAGUUUCUCAAAUUGGUUCCAGAUACGGUUAUCAAGAAAUUUGCGGAUGACGAGGUACUGUUUGAGACCAUCGAGACGUAUAAAAAAGAUCAGCGACACCAGAAUGAAUCAUCGCAGCAGAAACAGCACAUUAUUUCAAAAAUUUCAUCGGAGAUUUAUCAAAAGGAAAUGCAGAAAAUGACUCUUAUGCAGGAAAUUGAGAAAUCUCAAGAAGGAAGAAACAAGACAAAGAAAUUACUUGAGUCCCAACAUAAGGAAAACAAGGACAAACUGAAAAAUCUGCAAAAAGCCAGAGGAAGCUUUGAGGAUAAUUUAAAGAUGGCAAUACGGAAAAUUGAUGCUGACAAGUUGCAGUUUGUGUUCCAAAGUAUCGACCCAGCUGAUUGGAACAGUCCAUACACCAUCACGAUGCAAUUCUCUAAAGACGGAUCAUAUCAUACUGUGUCGAGCAAGCCCUCACUGGAGUGUCUGCCAGAGUUGAUGAGAAAGCUGCAGGAGACCAAGAAAAUCUCGGUUUUCCUGAAGAAUGCGAGGAAGCAGUUUAUCUCCCAUGCUUCAAAACAGGGGACCCAAAAACGAGGCAAGGCAAUAAUCCCAUGAGGAGAUUGUGUAACCUGUGAGUUUUGUUUGUUUCACUUUUAUUCUGAUGUAAUCAUAGCAGAAGUCAUUUCAUCCUCCUAAACAAGAUUGGUCAUCUUUACACCAACGUAAUUGAUUUUUCUCAGCAAAUUUAAGACAAUAUUACCCUUCCAAAAAAUGUUAAACCAUUUUGUCGAUCCCAUUUGAAAGUCGCAGAGGCAGUCAGGCUUCAGAUGAUUUGAUGCUACUCAGCACAGGCAGCUCCUCGACAUACGUUGAGGGAAAAUGACCCGUCUGGCCAUUGAGGGCUCCAAACCACCAGCCAUUCUCGUCCUUUGUGUAAACGUCGAGUAGGUCCCCUGUCGACACACGUUAGUUUACAUAGUAACUCCGAUCUUCCUUUUUGGAAAGGUUUGGACACUUUUUUCCCUUCCGUACCUUCUUUCAGAGGUAAUUCAUCGCUUCGUUGAGGUUCGAAGCUGUACAAAGCCUUGCAUUGUCCCACGGUGCAAACGUCGGGCGUUCUCUGAACUGAAUGUUUAAUGUAUUUAGCAAAUGAUUUCAACAAUGUUCUAAAUAAACAUUUGAUUCCUAUAGAA